GAUGCUCCCAACUGCUACACUCAACUCUGCAUUUCCCACCACCACAAAAAUUUUCCCCGACUCCUGCCAAACCCCUUACUCGCACCCACUCUUCCACCAUCCGCAGAAUCCUUCUCGUCCUCCACUCGUUACCCCCCUGAUCUUCUAUGAGAGCCAUAGGCCCCUGAUAACACCCGCCCAUCGCCGCUAUGCAUUUCAUCCGGCCUCAAUGGCUUACACAUUCGGGUAAGUCUUGAACGCGUUCAUCGCAUCUUUAUUCGUGACACUCCCCGCUAAUACGGACAAAUCUUCUGCUCUCAGCUGAGAAGAAGGCCUGUGAGGUUUACUCUUGCCACGUCUCCCCGGAUGGUGAACGGUUAGCGACCGGAGGUCUCGGUAUGUUUGGCGCCCCAUAUUGUUCCUUGUUUGGAUGGGAACUCUGCUGACGGUGUGCAGACGGCAACGUUCGGAUUUGGUCCACCCGUGCUGUCUACGGCGCCCCCGAUCAGAGCGCUUCACACCUUCCCAAACAGCUUUGUUCUUUAUCCCAUCAUUCUGGCGCUGUCCUGACCGUCCGCUUUUCCGGCAACAACCGCUAUCUUGCUUCGGGUUCCGAUGACAAGAUUGUUCUAGUUUACGAGCGUGACCUUUCGGCCACGCCUUCCGCUCGUCCGCUCUUCGGCUCCAAUGAAGCUCCGCAUAUAGAGAAAUGGAGGACAUAUAGGCGAUUGGCUGGCCAUGACAACGAUGUCCAGGAUGUUGGAUGGUCCGCUGAUUCUUCCGUGCUGGUUUCGGUGGGGCUGGAUUCCAAGGUUAUCAUUUGGUCUGGGAGCACGUUUGAGAGGCUGAAGCGGAUUGACGUUCAUCAAUCCCAUGUCAAAGGACUCACCUUUGACCCCGCCAAUAAAUAUUUCGCGACGGCCAGUGACGACAGGAGCAUCAAGAUAUUUCGUUUCAAUUCUCCCGCAGCCAAUGCGACCGCGCACGACCAACAGACAAAUUUUACAGUCGAAACGUCCAUCACAACACCAUUCAAAGACUCACCAUUAACCACAUACUUUCGCCGUUGUUCAUGGUCCCCCGAUGGUUCUCAUAUAGCGGCUGCUAAUGCAGUCAAUGGCCCUGUUAGCUCUGUCGCCAUCAUAAACCGUGGUAAUUGGGACAGCGAGAUCAACCUGAUCGGCCAUGAGGGUCCAGUGGAAGUCUGCGCUUUUGCUCCCAGGAUGUUCUCGAAGACCCCCUUGACCCCAGGAACUCCACCAUCAACACCGGUUACCGUUAUUGCCUGCGCAGGCCAAGACAAAGCCCUAUCGAUUUGGAACACCUCCAAUCCCCGCCCUCUCAUAAUCGCCCAGGAUCUUGCCACAAAGGCCAUUUCUGACUUGACGUGGAGCCCGGACGGGAGGACACUAUUCGUCUGCUCCCUGGACGGUUCAAUAAUAUGCAUUUGUUUUGAGGAUGGUGACCUUGGAUUUGUGCUCGGACUGGAAGAGAACGAACGGAUUCUACAAAAGUUUGGUGCUGGCAGAAAGGGCGCGACCCUUCCUGAAGGAACAGAGAGCGUUAGACUGGAAGAAAUGGCCCGGGAUGGGGAGAGGAGGGAAGUGGAAGGGCGAAUGGGCGAGCUCAUGAUGGAUGGGAACGGCAAGGCAGGUGAUACACCCAUGGCCAAUUCGGGUAGCACCGCGGGUCCUCAAUGGCAAAUGCAGCAGGUUCCUGAAACAGAAAAGGCUAUCAACCCUCCAGAUCAGAAGGAGAAGCCAUACAAGCAAAAGGUUACGCUGACGAAGGAUGGCAAGAAGAGGGUUGCUCCAUUGUUGGUUUCAACGUAAGUGACUUGCCCUCCGGACCCCUAUCCAUUCAAGGUUGUAACGUCAGUUUUAUAGGGGUGGAGGCCAUCGCUCAAAUCUCCCCAACGCACAUCUUCUGCAAGCCUCUGCAAACAACAACUCAACAAUAAGCAAUGACCCGAAGACAAUCUUGGACCUCUCGAGACCGUACGAUGGCCUACCAAAAGGCGGAAUGCCCGUCCUCAUCUUCGGCAACAAGCGCAAGGCACCCGUUCCGGAAGAGGGAGAGGAGGAAAACCCUCAGCAAAUCACCAACGGGAAGCGCGUCGCAGUUUUAGCUAGCGGAGGAUCAGGAAAAAAGGGGUCUGAAGAGACCCCGGAAUUCAUCAGACCCGCUGUAAUCAAUCCAGCAACUUCUAUUAGUCAAAUUAGAUUGGGUGUUCCCAAAGUCCGGAAUAUUGUCUCGCGGAUUGUGGACCCCAGCGGCCUACCUUCUAGUAAUGUCCCUAGUGCUGCAGGCGGUGCCAUUGUUGCCGGUACACAGGCCCCUCCCUCGUCAGAUGAUUACACCUUUGAAGCCAGGAACCUCAGAAACGUGGGGGAGCCGACACGCCUAACUCUCUUGAGACAUGGCCAGGUACUCUGGAUGGACUUUGUUCCCAAAGCUGCUCUGCUCGUGGCUGGGAAUAGUAACUUCUGGUCCGUAGCUUGUGAGGAUGGGACCAUUCAUGUCUUUACGCCGGUUGGGAGGAGGUUAUUGAGCCCGCUCAUUCUCGAAGCGCAGCCAUGUUUCAUGGAGUGCAGAGGUUGGUGGCUGAUGUGCAUAACCUCAAUCGGGAUGGCCCACGUUUGGUAAGGAAGCGAUUCACGGGUCAACUUGUAUAUCAUGGCUAACUUUACCACUCUAGGAACCUCCAAACAAUGAAAUCUCCCCAUCCGCCCAUAUCUCUAGCACCCAUUCUCGAUUCCUCAAACACUUACCAGAAACAAGACAGCCCUACCAAGGCUGAGGCGAUAACCGAAGCUUGUGUGAAUUCGGAAGGAACCCUGAUAGUUUCCCUAACCAAUGGGGACGGAUUUGCCUACUCAAACCACAUGUACACAUGGCACAAACUCACAGAAGCUUGGUGGGCGGUCGGAUCGCAAUACUGGGAUUCCACGGGCACUAUGCGGCCCCCACAGGGUUCUUCUGAUAAUCCAACGGAUCCUAAGAGCCCUGCCAUCUCGGCUGGUGUCAUCUCGCACCUUGAACGCCGGACAACGAACGAAGUUCUUCUUCACGGACGUGGGCGCUUCCUCCAGCGUAUUGUCAAGUCCCUUCUUAACAGAGAGGGAUACGAAGGGUUUGAAACAGCUGUGUCUUUGUCGCAUUUGGAGAAUAGGAUGGCUGCGGCCGUGUUGCUUAAUGCCAAGGACGACUUCAAAAAUUACUUGAUGAUGUACGCUCGUCGUAUUGCGGCGGAAGGGAUGAAGGCGAAGGUGGAGGAGCUGCUGCGGGACAUGAUGGGUAGAAUAGGCAUGGAAGAGGAGGAGAAGGCUGAUGAGAAGGAGGAGGAAGAUAUUGUUGGGUGGAAUAAACGGGAGUUGUUGAAGCAGAUUUUGCUCGCUAUCGGUUUGUUUCCCCUGACUCAUAGUCUGUUCGCGUUGAUUAUGCUAACAAAAACGAAAAACAGGCAAGCAUCGCGACCUCCAGAGAAUUGCAGUUCCCUACGCCAGACUCCUUGGGGUGAUGGAUGAAGAUGAGGGUGAGGGCAUCUAAAUAAUCAUCUCCUCUCCCUCUCUCCACCCCCAUUCCCUCAUCUACACCAGUGUGUUUCCUUUUAUUAUACAUUCUUCAUUUUAUGCUAGUACCAAGUAUCUCCUUUGUUUGGUUGGGAAUAAGCGGGGUCAUACAAGUACGCUGGCUUUGUAUUUCUUUUUUUUCUUUUUUUUUUCUUUUUUUUUUCUUUUUUUUCACAAAAAUUUUCAUCGUGUUGUGUUUGUCUUUCUUGCUUGUAAUAGCUGGGUGGUAAAAUAAAGUAAAGGCAUGAUUGGUAUGGCACCAUGUAGAAUGGAGCGGAUAAAAUGAUAG